CAGUUUAAGCCGCGAUGUGAUCGAAUGCGUUUCAUAUAAGUGUUAGUCGCUUUAUUUGGGACAUUGCGACCUAAAUAAUUAGUGUUCAAUGAAAUUCGAAAACUUCAGCACCUUAUACUCAUUAUCAUCAUUACAACAAUGUAAAACAUUGCAACACCCUACCGAAAGGUAUCCAACGACAGCCAUCGACGACGACGACGCCGGCAUGAGCGCCCCAAUGGAAUGGGUGGCAUUGCGGCGCACUCUCUGGUGAUAGCACAUGGCUCUUCGCCGCGGAUCCUGCAUUCAUCUCAGAGCAUCGGCGGCAGUCAGUUAGUUCGGUUUGCGACUGGACUUAUCCAGAUGAGCCCGCUCAUCUAAUAAAAAGAAACAGCGAUGUAGUGUCACUACGCCGACUAAAGUGGUCAUUGUGCAGUAGUUUGCCGGUUACGGAAUAAUGCAACGAAAGACUGAGUUUUUUAAAGUGAAUUACACCGAUCAGCCAUCAAAUGCGAAGCAAUUAGUUAGUGAGGACAGUUGAAGUGGCUUGGUGGCAUAAAAAAACUGUUUUCACUGUUUGUUAUGGUGUGUCUGGGGCCGGCCCCAGUCUGUGGCGGAAUAUUUUGGCUAUUUUCCGGGCGUGCGUGGAACAACGGCAUUCCGUAGACAGUAAGGAAUAGGGGGUUUCGUAAGCGCAAAUUUGAAUUACUUUUUUUUUACGGAGAAGAGAUUUGCAUCUGAACUACUCUCAAGUAUGGCUGGAGAUGAUUACAGCAUCGUAGAAGAACGGAUCGGAGCCCAAAAUGAGGUCUUCGAUGUGGUCGAGGUACUCAGCAAUGAAGUGGACCGAGUGGGAGAGGAGUUCAGUAUGAACGAUCAGCUGUUUGAGCCGUGGUCAGAGGGUCUGGCGCUGUAUGGAUACAUUGGAUUUGUCGUCGGUGGAGGAAUAUUGCUGAAUUUGAUUCUCAUCAAAGGAAUUCUGCAAGCAAAAUAUAGCGGUGCCUUAUAUUUCGUUCUACAAAUUGCAAUUCUGGAUAUCUGCACGCUUCUGAUAAGCAUUUGGGAGCUGUUCUACAUCGUCCACCAACAGUGGACAUUCGAAACCGAACAGUGCACAUUCUACAUCGGUUUCGAGUCGUUCACCAACAUUGCCAUCGUUUACUUCAUCAUUGGACUGAACUUUCACUCGAUCUCCACUUAUAAUCUGGCGCAGCAGAUAUCGACCGCCGAUGAUGAACUAACCAAUCCGUGCCAUGACAUAGACUGCAGUUCCGACUACAUGACUGCCGAGGAAAAUAGUUACGAAGUUGCAACGGAAAACAUCAGCCAAAAGCGAUCGCUAACCAUCGACUACCGGCAUCGGAAAACCAGCAUCCCGGUCAUAUGGCCUGUACUACUGAUCUGGUUCAUCGCCAUGUCCGAAUCGCUGCCCCUGUUUCUGUUUUCCGAUGUGAUCGCAACCGACGAGGAUGUAAAGUUCUGCACCGUUCUGAUCAACGAUCGCACCAAUCACUACAUCAUCCAGUGGCUAGUCAUUUCCAUUAGAAUCGUGAUCCCCACGGUUACGUUGAUCGUCACCACCGGUAUGACCAUUUUCAAGUUCUUCCAAGGUAAAAGGUUCAUACAACCGAACGAAAUCGACGAAAAUGUGGCAUUCAUUUUGAAGGUGUCGAUUUUCCUUUCGCUGUCGUACGUUGCGCUAUCGCUGCAAAAACUGUACGGAUCUCUGCUGUUCGAAGUGCUCUCGAAACCGAUACUCAGGCACAAGUAUCCGGAGUUUGACAAACAAUCGGGACUGAUAUUCUCGUUGCUGCACUACUGUUUGUCAUUUGUGCGGCCGCUUGUGAUCAUCAUACUUUGUAAGUUGAAACAUAAUCAUAUGGAUAUUACUUUUAUCUAUAAGGGCAGUGCGAAGGUCACGGAUAUGUAGUAGGAUGUGAAUAAAUUUGUAUA